GCAGACUUGCUUUUCGUGCCUCACGAGCUUGGAUUGAAAGGGGGCGGGCUUUGUGCGAGUGUGUCGACUCUCCGCGACGCUUUGUAGGUCGGCGCAGGGCUCUUUAACCGGGCAUAAGCACCGGGCUUAACGGGGAUAUUUCGCUGUGUAAUUUAGACCGGAGGUGGCACUUGAGCGGCAGAGGUGUGAGAAGUAAACAUGAGCGACAAGGGGACAGUGGCAUCUAAGGAGAAGGAGACUGCAGAGAAGAGGGGUCGUGGAAGACCUCGCAAGCUUCCUCAGUCCCAUAAGUUUCAGGAGCCCAGCGGCUCGCCGACUCCAAAGAGGCCCAGAGGACGGCCCAAGGGCAGCAAAAACAAGUCCAAGGGCAAAACAAAGGCAGAACCUGCUCCUGGUAUAAAACGUAGAGGAAGACCCAAGAAGGAGGAAAAGGAAGAGAAGGCAUCACAGGAGUCAUCUGAGCAGGAAGAAGAGGAGGAAGAGGACCAGUAAUACAUAACGGCAUGCUACCUCACUCAACAUACUGACUUACUGUUAACCGUAACUGGACUGUAUCUCCAAAACCAGUGCCACUUUCAAUGACCACUGUUCCCGACAGGGUCCUUGGCCCAAACAAAGGCCAACACAGUCCAUUUUUCAUGCAACAGCACUGGAUAAAACGCUGGACCUUGCUCAAGCAUAGAUCUAAGUAUCACAUGACAGCCGACAGCCCUUUUCUCUACGUCAUGAAAUCUUUUAUACUGGAGAAGGUGGGCUUUUAGGGGCCUAGUGUUUUCUUCUUUUUUUCACCAAAAGAUGGUUUGUAGUUUUUUUUUUCUUUUCCUUCCUCUCUCGCUCUUUACUCAGUGUUACUUAUUGAUUAUACAUGAGCUGGUAGGGGCUGUAGAUUUUCUGUUUUGUACUGGACAAAGGUGACUUUUACCAAUACUCGUCGUGUUUGUGUGACGUGGUUUAACCUAACCUUCGCAUCGUAUGCUAGUUGGAGUUGAGCUUCAGUGUUUAGGAUGAGAAUAGGUCACUGGUGGUAUAUUAAAAAAAAAUCCCGCCUCUUCCCAGUGUCACCUCUCACAAGUAGAACAUCUUAGACAUUUUAGGUUUUAGCUUCUCAAACAGCCUCCUCUGUCAUUGGUGUGUAGCAGGGGAGACAACUAAUGUUUGCCGUUGCUUGUUUUUCUUUUUAUUAUUUGUUUAUUUUCCAGUUUCAUACCAUUUAAAAUCAUGUGUGCUGCUUCUUUUCAAGUGUUGUCAUUUUAAAGUACUAUAGGGUUCCAGGUUGACAGCAUCAGUGUCGUUUCUUCAGGGAGCUUUUACAGACGGUGUUUUUGCCUGCGCACUCGCCCAGUCAAUUGAAGGACAAACUGUAUAACCACGAGCUUAAUAAUAAAAUCGAGAGUUGUUGGUACUUUUCUGACAGGGCUGCACAUUUUUUUUUUCCUGCCACCUGCACCCACUUCUUCACCUAGCAUGGUUCCCAUGUCCUUCCUUAGUUGUGGUAUGCUGUUUUAAAGAUGUGUUUUGCUUUCCGCAAAAAAAAAAAAAAAAAAAAAAAAAAGAA